AUGUCUGCUAUAGUAAACGGAAUAAUAAAUUCCACUGUCGGUUUAUUGUGCAGUAAACUACGAGAUUACACUGCAGAGAGUCUCAUUGAAGGUGAUUUAAAUGACGAAAAAUGCAGACAGAUUGUUGUUCGCGAAAUUGACGAUAUCAAGUCGAAGCUCGAUGGUUUGUCGAGAAAGGACCUGCUUGCAAGUCUCAGCUUUUUCAAAGAAGGAGUUACCAGGUUGUAUAUUUCUCUCGAGACAUCUGGUGAAUCUCGUCAUCAACCCAGCACUUUAAAAGCACACUUAGAACACGAAUCUGAAGUCGAAGGCGCAACAGCGACGAGAGUUGAGCAGUUUUCUGUCACGCAAGCUGAACGCGAUGCCUUAGAAAGCGUAUGUAAACUUUCUGAAAUCAUUGGGAACUUAAAAAUCGCAUCGAAAGAACGCUACCAAUCAGCCAAAGAGUCUUUUAAAAAAGCAAGGGAGCUGGCAACGGAAGCAUUUAACAACGUAGCGUUGAGGGGAGAAGAUAGAUUGAUGGCGAGCAAACUUCGCAUUGCCAGCAGAAUCCUCGAAGGCUUACAGGACCCAGAAGCAGCCGUUCAUGACUGCUUACUCUACCUGAAAGAGCUACAGGAUUUACCAGCAGUGCAAGCGAUGUUUUCUGUAUGGCAAGAUUCUGAUAAAGGGAUUACAUCACGCUUACGAGCUCGCUUCUACAAAGAGAAAAGGAAUGUUAACGUAGAGUCGAUACAAAUGAUCAACGCAUUAUUAAUAAAUCUCACCAUCAAAUUUACAAACAUCAAGAUGGGUAUUUUGAACUGGCCAACGAUAAAGAUUAGUAACGAUCUCCAUCAUCCACUGUUGGAAGACCAUGCGCUUCAAAGAAAAUUUGAAGAGAAAAAAACGAAGCUUCCUUGGUAUGAUGAAUGUAUCCGCGGCUAUGUUUGUGCGGUAACUAGCAAAGGAGAAAUGCUAUCACAUGUAUGGGACGACGACAAGGGUAUUAAAGUCACAAGAAGAAGCGGCAAGCACCAGUUGUUUUGUACCGUUCCCUCGAAAAUAUGUUGUUUUGCUGUCGAUGAAAAUGAUAACGUAUAUAUCGUCGUGGAAAUCCCGUCAUGCAAUGAAAAUGAUCCUCCUCGAUAUAAAUUAUUGACCUUGGAUUCUGGUGGUAACGUAAAGGCGGACAUAUUUCUUGACGUGAUUGAUGAACAGCUGGUUGAUCCACGAAUGAGUGUGACCAAAGAUGCUAUGAUUGUUAUCUGCUGUAAACACAGGAAAGCUAUGUAUAUCUGCGACAGCACAAACACCAGGCAAGACUACAAAUUUCCUUUUCCAUUCAAAGAUACACGUCCCGGCACAUUCUCCGAUUACAGCUUUACUGUUUCCAAUAAAAAUGAAAUCAUUUUUACUUUUGGUUACAAUGAUGAGAAUAAACUCUUUUUGUACAUCAUUACAAUCGAUGGUAAACUAAAACGUAAAGUGGCAGUACCUUUUGAAAGAGAGUGGAAUAUUAUACUUGGUGCACUGAGUGUGGUCUUUAAUCAUGUCAACGAAACAAUUCUUGUCAGUUUAUUCAAUGGAAAUCUUCGUAAUCCUACUACUACGAUCUUCUGUUUCUCAGACACUGGUGAAUUGCUGCAUCAGUUUGAUAUCCUGGGUGGGUAUCGACAGCUCUUAUCACAUCGUGCAAACGGACAUAUCUUUUUGGUCAACCAUGCAGAAGCCAUUAUGCUUCAAAUGUAG